GGCGGCGGCGGCCCUGUCGAGCGCCCGGAGGUGGCGGCCGCGGCCCCAUGGGCGGGUGUGUGGGCGCCCAGCACGACUCCUCGGGCAGCCUCAACGAGAACUCGGACGGCACCGGAGGUAGUUGCUCUAGGUCGUAACCAACCUUUGAAAAAGGAAAAACCAAAAUGGAAAAGCGAUUAUCCCAUGACAGAUGGACAACUGCGCAGCAAGAGGGAUGAAUUUUGGGACACUGCACCAGCUUUUGAAGGCCGUAAAGAGAUCUGGGAUGCCUUAAAGGCUGCUGCACAUGCUUUUGAAAGCAAUGAUCAUGAACUGGCACAGGCAAUCAUUGACGGCGCAAACAUAACACUACCACAUGGUGCACUUACAGAGUGCUAUGAUGAGCUGGGGAACAGAUACCAGCUGCCAGUCUAUUGCUUGGCUCCACCAAUCAACAUGAUAGAAGAAAAGAUUGACAUAGAGACUCUGGAUAUUCCUGAGCCACCACCCGAUUCUGGAUAUGAAUCUCAGCUCCGUCUACGCCUUUCCACGGGCAAAGACCUCAAGCUUGUGGUGCGCAGCACAGACACGGUGUUCCAUAUGAAGAGACGGCUACAUGCUGCAGAAGGUGUGGAGCCAGGCAGUCAGCGCUGGUUCUUCUCUGGCAGACCUCUCACUGAUAAAAUGAAGUUGGAGGAACUGAAGAUCCCAAAGGACUAUGUGGUACAGGUUAUAGUGAGCCAGCCUUUGCAAAACCCAACACCUGUCGAGAACUGAGCUGGGCCUGUUGCCUCUUCCCAGAUCCCUUGGUUCCUUUUCAUUGUUGUCAUUUACUACUCUGCGCGUGAAAUGUAUUUUCACUGCUCUGAAUUCCCUAUAUGAAUGGAUUUAGUUCUGAGGAAUUACCAGUGAAAAAUUCCAUCUGUGAUGGAGACCAACAAAAAUAAUAAAACACAAAGAGCCAGCCUCUGAGACUCGUGUAAUUACAGUUUCUAAUUUGAGAGGCAGUUAAGAAAUAGAUAAUCAUUUAUUUUAAAACAUUCAACAACUAUGUGAUGUUAUAGUUAAAUAAUUUGGAGUGUACGUGGGACAUUUGAGCCAUCAGGAACAGCACCAAGAACCUUUUGGAUACAGAAUUUCCAAAACAGGUCAAAUUACAUAAUUUCUAGAACCAUCAAUAACAGUUACAAAACUUAUGCUUUUUGAAAAUGGAAUCUAAGAAGAGCAGUAUCUGAGGUUUGCUUCUAUUUUGGAUGUUGACUCUUCGCUUACUUUAUAUUUAGCCAUAAAGGAGUAGAGACUGGAAACUGGGUUCCAGUGUGGCUUUCCCCGUCCCCAGGUUGAGCUCCUGUUCACACUCACACUAAAUUCUGGUGCCUUCCAGCACAUUGGUGGCAGGCAUCCUUCGGGAACACUAGGCAAUAAUUUAGUAAGUACAGUCAGAGCUCUGAGCUCCAGCUGGUACACAGUUGGAGUCUCUUGUCUUCUUGCUGCACAGUCUUUUUGGAAUGUCUUAGAGCAAAGCUGUCUUUGUAUCCAGGCUUACCUUCACUGAUUGAUGUACUAUGCUUGGAUGUUUUCAGAGCUAACUGACCCACCUGUACAGUUCCUGAGUCAGACAACACAGGAACUGAGUACAGCUGGUUCCUUCCAGGAUAAGAAAGUGGUCCUCUCUUCCCUGCCUUGCAGAGGGUAUGAGGAAAACUUGUUCUGUCUGUUCCUGAGAAAACUGUGCCUGUUUUCAGCCUUGGAGGAAAUUCCAACUCAAAAUUUUCAAGUGUGAAAAGUUCACUGGUAUCACUUAAACAGCAAUAGUGAGACCAAAUAGUGGCACGUUGCGUAGACCUGAGUGCUUUCUUUUUCUCUCAACUCUAAUUGUGAAUGACAGUCCUCCCCCCUCACCUUCACAGCAGAGAGGCAGAUUAGUCACCAUCUGCAUGUUAGGCUAGGGGACUGGAACCCAGUAAGCCAGCCAGCCUUAUCUUCUAUAUGAAGGCUGAGGAAAGCUACCAGGGAUUAUGUGCCAGGGAUUGGAGCCUCUUCAAAGUUGGUUCCACGAGAAGGGGGCUGACACGUGACCACACAGUACCCCUGAGAAUCCGAGCGAAUCCGAGAGAACAGCACAGUGAGAAAGGCACUGUGCUAGUCUCAGUCAGGAAAUACCAAACUUCCACACCUGUCGGGGUGUAAGACACUACUAUUCAUUUUAGUGGCAAAAUGAAACUCCUCAUUAGCUGAAAAUGUAAUGUUUAAAGUGAUACUAAGUUUCCUAUAGCUUGUCUAAAUAUAUCUAUAAUUGUAACCUAUGUUUCUGAGAACUUUUAACCACUUCCCUAAUUCUGUUUGUUCAUUUUAAAUAUGGGUACAUCUAAUUUAGAUUUGAUGACGAUUGAGACUAAAGUCAAGAGAAGUGAGCAGCAUUAAUAACAAAGGAGAAUGCUUGUAUUGGGAUGUGGAGGUACAAGGAUGUUUCAGUGUAUUGCUCACAUCAUCAAAAAGCUUUGAUCAGUUUGUAUGCCACAGUGAAUAGCAGCUUCUCUCAAAGUUUAUCAACUGGAUAAAAGUGUUUAAACCUAUAUUUUUCUUAAGGAAAUUUGAUGAUGUCACCAAUAACCUGUUUGGUAAAAGGCCUUUUUUGUUUGUUGAGGGUUUGACCUCUCUUUAAGAGUUUUUAUUUUAAAGGAACAUACACUUUGAAUAACAAUCCUCUGGGCAUGUUUAACCUAGGUGAGAAAACCAUGGUGCUGUUAAUUGUCAAUAGAUUGAUAUAAGAUUGGA